UGCCAGUGACUUAACAACACAAAACUUAAUUAUCUUGGCAGGUUUUGGAUAAAAUUGUAUUUUUUUAUUGUCUUUUUCGACUCUGUCGAUAUCACCGAAGCGGACAGGACCAGAGUAAGUUCCGCAUCCGCUCCCUGUGUUAGCAGGUGACCCUCUGGUCCAGCACUUUCUGACACAUUUAGCAGUUCGUGUUGUUCGGCCUGCUCUACUUUCUGCCAGCUUCUAGGUUGUGCUCCAGGCAGGAAAAUGUCCGCGGGAGAAGCGCAGAAGAAAAUAACAGCAGGAGUUGUGUCCCCACUGAAAGGGAAGUCUGAGGCAGUUUCUGCUCAGACCCAGUGAAGUGUCCAUGGCACGUGUUCUUUCCUUGUUCCGACCUCAGCCUUUUCUGGCCCUUGUGGGCAGGAGGAAACCUACAUUGUGCAAAAUGUCAAUGGACUCACGGGCACGCAAGGUGUUUGUAGCUGCAGUGGAGGCUGUGCAGCCAGACACUGUGGUGCGGCAGAGUAUAGAGCGCAAGGAGGACUCAGUCAUUAUCAAUGGUCAAAAAUUCACACUGAAACACAACCUGCACUUGGUUGGCUUUGGAAAAGCUGUACUGGGUAUGGCUGCUGAGGCAGAGAGGAUAGUGGGGGAUCACUUAGUGAAUGGAGUCAUAAGUGUGCCACAUGGGAUUCAGCAGACAUUAAAGCAGCAUGGGAAAGAUCAUCUGUUGUUAAAAGAAAACAGUCACAUCAAAGUAAUGGAGGGAGCCAAACACAACUUGCCUGACUCUGAUGCCCAGAAGGCAGCUGAAGGAAUCAAACAGUUAGCCAGUGAACUGACAGAGAAAGACUUGCUACUUGUACUGAUUUCAGGUGGAGGUUCUGCGCUUUUACCUGCACCCAUCCCACCAAUUUCGUUGCAAGAGAAACUGGAUGUUACCCGCAAACUUGCAGCUGCUGGUGCCACUAUUCAAGAGCUGAACACUGUACGUCGUGCCCUUUCUUUCUUAAAGGGUGGAGGGCUUGCACAUUAUGCUCACCCUGCACAGGUGGUUGCACUGAUACUGUCUGAUGUGAUUGGAGAUCCUCUGGACUUGAUAGCCAGUGGCCCCACAGUCCGAAGUGAGGUGUGGCCUGAGGAAGUUUUGUCAAUCCUUGAACAGUACAAGCUGUUGAACUCUCUACCAGCUUCAGUGAAGGAUGUCCUUGGGAGACCAAGUCCCCGGUGGAAAGAGAACAAGGAUGAAAUAGAAAAGGCAGAAAAUGUUCUUAAUGCUGUUAUUGGCUCCAACAGCGUCGCCCUCAAGUGCGCAGGUCGCCGGGCCCGAGAGCUAGGUUUCCGCCCUGUUGUUCUGUCACCAGGAGUGUGUGGCGAUGUAAGGUCAGUCUCCAGACUUUACGGCCUCCUGGCCCGCUUUGCAUGCUGUCAAGAGGAACCUCCUCCUGAGAUUGCUGCUGAGGUGCUGAGGCUAGGGCCUGAAGUAGGUGUGGAGAGCUGGGACCUGUGCCGCACCAUGCAGGUCUUAGAUGAAGGGCGUACGGAAGGAUGGGGUGCCACGUGUCUGUUAGCUGGAGGUGAGCCCACUGUGGAAUUGACAGGAAAGGGUCAAGGUGGUCGGAACCAGGAGCUGGCUUUGCGAGUUGGACUGGAGCUGAGAGGCCUGCAGCUCCCACCUAAUGGUCCUGUCUUCCUGAGUGGUGGAACUGAUGGUCAGGAUGGACCCACUGAGGCAGCAGGGGCCAUUACCGAUGGAGGUUUGUAUGAAGAAGCACAAGCACAGGGGCUGGACAUCAACAACUUCCUUACUAACAAUGAUUCUUACUCAUUUUUUUCACAUCUUUCUGCUGGGCAACAUUUACUUGUACCUGGCCUAACCUGCACCAAUGUGAUGGAUGUGCACAUGCUACUUAUUCCACCGAUUCCCAUUAACAUAAGAUAAUUCAAAAUUGGAUCCUGCAUUUAAAAAGUACUCUAUCUGGUUCUCUGACUUGGCAUGGUAUGAGGUUUUUCAACUCAACAUUUUUUGCCCAUGUCGGGAAAACUGUGCAUAGACCUACAUGAGAGAAGGAUUGGUAUUCCUAUAUGAAAAUCUAACAACCACAAAGAAUAAAAUUGGGAUGUAAUUUUUGUUAUCAGCAUUAGAGGUUUUUCAGCAGGGAAAAAACUAAAAACUGGACUUAACGCAAAUCUUUUUUUUAAUCACAGCAAAUUAUGUUUUACAACACAGCAUAGAAAUAACAGGCAUCAACAACAUCAGUAUUUUCAAGUACAUUACACAAAUGUAACAUCAAUCAAGCUGUUUGCACGACUUGCAAAGUUCAUUAUCUUCCUGCUUUGCUGCUGGUCUCUUCAGGUACGUCAAGGUACCUAAUAUAUGCUGAUCAUUUUGUUGUAAUAAUUUAUUUGACAAAUACUAUGUACAUCAUUAAAGAGUUCUAUAAAUACACAA